AUGUUAGCAGUAUGGACCACUACUCUUAUUCUUCUUGGUGCAGCCAGAGGAGGGGAAGUUUGCUAUGAAAGGCUUGGAUGCUUCACAGAUAACCCCCCUUGGUCUGGGAUCCCAGGGAGACAACUGGCAGGCCUGCCCAGCUCUCCCAAAGCUGUGAACACCAAUUUCCUCCUUUACACUAGAGACAACAUCAUGAAACACCAAAAAAUUUCUGCUACAAACCCUUCAAGUAUCAAAGCUUCAAACUUCCGAACACACAGGAGAACUCGCUUCAUCAUACACGGCCACCUUGCUGAAGCAGACCUGCCCUGGAUAACAAAUAUAUGCAGGCUGAUGUUUCACACAGAAGAUGUGAACUGCAUUAUGACCGACUGGACAGGUGGCUCCAGCGGGUUGUACACGGAUGCAGUCAACAACGUGCGCAUCGCGGGGGCUGAGCUGGUGUAUCUGGUGAACCUUCUUGAGAACGACUAUGGCUACUCUCCUGCCAACAUUCAUUUCAUCGGCCAUAGUCUUGGAGCACAUGUUGCAGGGGAGGCAGGGAGAAGGAAACCUGGCAUUGGAAGAAUAACAGGUUUGGAUCCAGCUGGGCCCCUUUUCCAAUAUACUCCCACAACAGUUAGGCUGGAUCCCUCAGAUGCACAAUUUGUGGAUGUAAUUCAUACCCAUGCUGGUCAUCUUUUCUUUGACUUUGCUCCAGGGAUUCUUCAGACUUGUGGCCACCUGGAUUUUUACCCAAAUGGUGGGAGGAGGAUGCCAGGAUGCAAACAGCUUCGUGUACCUCCUGCAACUCGGGAUAUCAAUGACUUAAUGAGAGCAUAUAGAUCUGUUGGAUGUGCACAUAAAAGAAGUCUCCACUAUUAUGCUGAGAGUAUUCUCACUCCCAAUGGAUUUGCUGGGUACCAGUGUGAAACAUACCGAGCUUUUAUAUUGGGAAAUUGCUUCCCAUGUCCAAAGGAAGGAUGUCCACUGAUGGGUCAUUAUGCUGAUAAGUUUUUACAUAAAACUGAAAAAGAACAGCAAAAGGUUUAUUUAAACACAGGGCCCUCUCCUCCAUAUGCUCGCUGGAGGAAAGAGAUACAUGUCAAAGUAUCUGCAAUGGAAAUCAUGAAGGCAAAUAUAGAUGUAGCCUUGACUGGAAGUAAUGGGAUCAGGAAAAAAUAUACAAUUGACAAGGGCACCUUCAAACCAGGCAACAUAUACUGGAACCAUGUUGAUACAGAAAUUUCUGGGAACAUUUCAAAAGUGGAGUUUCUGUGGAAAAAGCAUCUCGGUCAUGCAGACAGAGGCUGCAUGGGAGCUGAAGAAAUCACAGUAAUAUCUGGGGAAAAUGGAAAUAUGUGAGUCUGUGUUCUGUGGCUGUGGAACCGUGCGGCAGAGCACGUGGCAGGCCCUGGCACGCUGCUGAGGCCUGGAGAGGGAUGCCUGGAUUGGCAACCCUCACCAUCUGGGAGAGCAACACCUCAGUCAGCAAUCACAUUUGAACAACACUUUGGCAGCACAUCCAAAAUACUGCUUAGGAGCUGGGCCUGCCUACCAAGUUGUACAGUGUGCCUGGAGAAACUCCAUCAUCAAAGUUCACCACACGUCAAGCAGGACAGCUUACUGCACAGACAAAUGUUUGAUUCCGGCCUUUUUCCUGGGAAAAAACUCCUGAUGUGCUCUCUUCAGCUCUGCUGA